AACUUUUGCUUUAGAGCGGAAUGUUAAGAACAUUCUGCUUCAGUAACAGGUGGCACACAGGGUCACUGCCUGGAAUGUUGUUGAUCCAUUUUUAGACCUUCUGUUUGGACAAACCUUGCAGCACAGCAAGAGCCAUCUCUGUGUAGGGGUCGUUUGGGUUGAGUGAAAAUGCAAAGAAUUGUAAAAAAGAAGACGUUUAGUUUCUGAACAUAUGUCAUUCUGAGCUGUUAUAGCUUUUAUCACCCCUACAGAUGUUUUUUAUAUAGAUAUAUAUGUAGAUCAUGUGCCUGUUUUUUGGUUCUCUGAGUUGAUUCAGCACCUGUCGUGUGUCAGUCAGGAGAAGACAGACGUGUUCAUACUGUACGAGUGCGACAAAAACAGUAAAAGGCACACAACGGACAAGAUGAGAAGCAUUCCUUAUCUCUUAAUAGUGUCGCUUUACUUCGUUUUUCAAGAAUGUUGGUGCAGAAAUGAAGAAGAACGUCUAAUCCACUACCUAUUUAAGGAGCGUGCUUACAACAAAGAGCUUCGUCCGGUGGAAAAUAAAGAUGAGGUUGUAGAUGUUUACCUGGCAUUGACACUUUCUAAUCUCAUUUCCUUGAAAGAAGUUGAUGAAACAUUACUUACAAAUGUGUGGAUGGAGCAUGGCUGGACGGAUUAUAGACUAACCUGGAAUGAAUCAGAGUUUGAUAACAUUGAUAUCCUGCGCCUUCCCCCCAGUAUGGUGUGGUUACCAGAGAUUGUUCUGGAAAACAACAAUGAUGCCCAGUUCCAGGUUGCCUAUUACUGCAAUGUCCUGAUAUACCCCAAUGGGGACAUGUACUGGUUGCCUCCGGCUAUUUUCCGCAGCUCCUGUUCAAUAAACGUCAACUACUUUCCUUUUGAUUGGCAGAACUGCUCCCUUAAAUUCAGCUCAUUAACAUACAAUGCCAAAGAGAUUACCUUACAUCUUAAAGUAGAAGAAGAGGACAAAAAGAACUUCAGAGUCGAAUGGAUCGUUAUUGAUCCUGCAGGUUUCACAGAAAACGGUGAGUGGGAGAUUGUUCACAAGCCUGCCAGGAAAAACACGUAUAAGAACAUUCCAAUGGAGAGCAACAAGCAUCAGGACAUCACCUUUUACCUCAUCAUCAAACGCAAGCCUCUGUUCUACAUUGUAAACAUCAUCAUCCCGUGCGUGCUUAUCUCCUUCUUGGCCUCGCUUGUCUACUACCUGCCUGCAGACAGUGGUGAGAAGAUGACGUUGUCUAUCUCUGUGCUGUUGGCUCUGUCUGUGUUUCUACUGCUGAUUUCACAGCGUCUACCUGAAACCUCUAUGGCUGUUCCCUUAAUAGUCAAAUAUCUGAUGUUUAUUAUGGUACUCGUCACUGUGGUUGUUCUGAAUUGCGUCAUCGUGCUGAACCUUCACUUCCGGACUCCGAGCACCCAUGUGAUGACAGAAUGGACCAAAGAGUUUUUUCUAGAGCGCCUUCCACGUCUUCUGCACAUGUCACGUCCGGAAAACGACAUGCCUAGUCCGAACGGAGCGUUGCCACGGCGAUCCAGCUCCAUGGGUUACAUCGCCCAGGCAGAAGAGUACUACAGCGUCAAGUCCCGCAGCGAGCUGAUGUUUGAGAAGCAGUCGGAGAGACACGGCCUCGCCACUCGGCCCACCCCCAAAGCCACGUACACAUCCAAUAAUGACUCCGAGGUGUCGGAACAGCUGUACAACGAGAUGAAGCCAGCUGUGGAAGGAGCUAAUUACAUUGUUAAACACAUGCAUGACAAAAAUGACUAUAAUGAGGAAAAGGACAAUUGGAGUGGGAUCGCCAGGACUGUGGAUCGACUGUGUUUCUUUGUCGUCACUCCAGUCAUGAUCUUAGGUACCAUUUUCAUCUUCACGAUGGCAAACUACAACCAGCCACCAGCGCUGCCCUUCAUGGGAGACACGUUUACCUACACAGAAGGAAACAAGCGUUUCUUAUGACCUCCCUAUCAUUUAACCCAGCUAAAUAUCUUCAGCAAUCAGAUAAAUAAUGUAUCAUAGAGAGUUUUUUGACAGCAGUACAAAGCAUGAGACUUGUUUUUUUUGAUCACUUUUUGGGCUAUUUGUGUAGGUUUGAUUACUGAGAUUAUGAAAGUUGUAUAAUAGGUGUGCUAAAUAAAUCUC